AUGGCAGAACAACCAUCGCCAGGGUCAAGUGAUACUUCAAGUCUUGGGCGGGGCGACUUCCUGCAAUUUCUGGGCGUCUCCACCAUGGCAGCCAUCUUCACAGUGGGCUCCCUGCGCUCCCGCGUCCGGGCACAGGUGCCUGGAGACCCCAACCUGCUGCUGGGUGCUUUCUCUUGCGGCACGACUACACUUCGAGAUCCGAAGUACUUAGGUGGAGGCGUGCAGGCAGAGGUCUUCUCAGCCAGCGUGGCUGGCAACGGGCAGGCCGUAAUCAAACUCAGCCGAACUAACACCGACUAUGCACAGCGAAGCCUCGCGCAUGAGCGAAGAGUCCUUCAGAUCUUGAACGACGCAAAGGUUCCAAAUGUGGAGCGCUGCAUUGGCUUUGGAGAAGUGACGACCACAGCGGGCCCUCGCCAGGGUAUGGUGCUCACACCUUGCCUGCCAGGUCGCAACAUUUCAGUGAAGACAGGCGCUGGAAAUCCGAAGCUGUUAGAGUCUCAGGAGGAAGCGCGUAUGGAAAAGUUCAUGGCGACUGCUGUGCGCGUGUUGGAGGCCGGCGUGGCCGGAGUUGACGUUCAGGUGCUACAGUCGCCAAGCAGCAAUGAGAUGCUGUGGAUUGAUUUCACAGAAGCGGCCUUGCUGAGCAGCAAAGGAGGAGGCAGCGCCGCAAACAUUUCUGUGGAAGGUCCGCCGAUGAUUUGUCCUGAGUACGAGAAGCGCUACAAGAGCGCCAAGGAUGCCGUGGUGGGAUUUGCGACAGAAGUUUUCCUCAUGGUGCCACCCAGCUCUCAUGAAGGCGCCGCUAAGGCACUGGCUGAGGAGCUGCAAGAACUCGGUGAGUACCGACAACGAGGUGUGGGAAAGCCUUUCCAAGAUGUUUGGGCAAAGCUGCCAUGGCGGGUGGGCUCAACGGAGAUGAAGCGACUGGAAACGGCUGCUGCUAGCGCCGCUGGUGUUGUUGCUUAA